CAUUACACGCGAAUCGUAAAGUAAACAUUAAAUAAGGAUUUAAUAAACAAACAUUAUACAAAUGUUGAGAUCAAAGAUCAAUGCUUCCCAGAAUCUCCCUUCCCGCAACUAACAAAAACGGCGGUUAGUAAUAACGUCCACUUCAACAAUCACAUUUCCUACAAAAACAAACAUUGUCCACCCAUUUUUUACCAAUACAAUCUGCAACAUUGAAAAAGUUAAAAAUACAACGAUUUUCCAAUACAACUCAACGAAAUGAGCGCAUGCCUAAUGUUAAGGUUAUAUGUCUAAACCGAUUCGAAUUUUGUAAUCAUUGCCGAUGCGUCCACUACACUAACUGGACCAGUUCAAUAAGCACACGAACUCUUUAAGCCGGUGCCAUGGUUCUGUUCGGGGCAUGGGACUACGUGGUCCUUGUCAUCGUGCUGAUGAUUUCCUCCGCCAUCGGGAUCUACUACCGAUUCACGGGUGGCAAGCAGAAGACGAUGACGGAAUAUCUACUGGCGGACAGGAACAUGUCCAUAGGACCUGUGGCGUUCUCCCUGAUGGCCUCAUUCAUGUCGGCAAUCACCCUUCUGGGUGUCUCCAGCGAGAACUACUCAUACGGCAUCCAGUUCGUGGUCAUCAACUUAUCCUAUGGCCUUUUAACACCCGUCGCCGCCUACUUGUACCUCCCCGUAUUCUUUAACCUACAAGCCACCAGUGCCUAUGAGUAUUUGGAGAGACGAUUUGGCAAGUUCUCUCGAGUUGCUGCCUCCCUUUCCUACAGCUUGCAGAUGGUUCUGUACAUGGGUGUAGUCUUGUACGCCCCUUCGUUAGCUUUGGAAGCCCUCACGGGCAUCAGCAAGACCACAGCUAUUUUAUCAGUGGGUCUGGUGUGCACCUUCUACUCAACAAUCGGCGGUAUGAAGGCCGUACUGAUGACGGACGUGUUCCAGUCCUUGCUGAUGUUCGCAGCCGUCUUCAGCGUUAUAAUUUGCGCCAUCGUGGACAAAGGAAGCAUUGCGGAGAUCUGGAGGAUUGCCGAGCAAUACAACCGGACGGAAAUCCUCAACUUCGACCCCGACCCCACAGUCCGGCACACCUGGUUCACCUUAACUCUGGGAGGUGGAGUCACCUUCUUGUCUUUGUACGCCGUUAACCAAACUCAAGUGCAACGUUACCUAACAGUUAAGGAUCUGAAGACUGCGCAAAAGGCUUUGUGGUGGAACUGGCCCAUAUUGAGCGCCCUGAGUUUGAGUACCUCCUUUUCUGGUUUGGCUAUUUUUUCCAAGUACGCCACCUGUGACCCAGUGAUGAAUCACCAGAUCAACAGCACAGAUCAACUGAUGCCCUACUAUGUGGUGGACUCCCUGGGACACAUCCCCGGGUUGUCCGGGUUGUUCGUGGCUGGAAUUUUCAGCGCCAGUUUGUCCACCGUGUCUGCGGCCGUCAACAGCUUGGCCGCCGUCACCAUCGAGGAUUACUUUAAACCUUUGUACAAAAUGAUAACGAAGAAACCUUUGUCGGAGAAAAAUGCGAGUAUUAAAACGAAGAUAAUUGCCCUGGUGUACGGUUUCGUAUGUCUGGCGAUGGCCUUCCUGGCCCAGUUCUUGGGCGGAGUCCUCCAGGCCUCCCUCACCAUUUUCGGAGUAAUAGGAGGGCCUCUCCUGGGCUUGUUUUCGCUGGGGAUGUUCACGACGACAGCCAACGAACUGGGCUCAGUUACUGGAUUAGUGGCCGGCAUGUCACUGGGACUGUGGAUGGCUUUCGGGAGCCCUAAGCCGCCCCUAAAAUCGUUACCUACUUCAACUGAAGGCUGUGAUAGUACUUACUUAUUUAACGCCACAUUGGCGAAAGCUUCAGAAACGAUCGAUGAAAGUCAGUAUUUUUGGUUGUACAGAGUUUCCUAUUUGUACAACGGAGUAUUCGCUCUUAUUUUAACUUUGAUUGUUGGUUAUUUGGCCAGCUAUUUGUUGGUGAAAAUUGGGAAGGUGGAACAAAAGGAACUGGAUCCUAAAUUGUUCGUGCCUCCGGUCGCCAGAAUGCUUGAGAAGUCGCGUCCCAAAGCGUUAAACCUCACCAAUCUUUCAGGGUCUGAUGAAAGUCUGAAAAAUGGUACAAAGAAAGAUAGGAAAUAUUUACAAAUGAUUUUCGCAAAAAAUCACAGACUGAAACUCUUCAUAGUCAUAUUCGCGAUUAACUCCCAGUCGGUUUGGGCAAAUUGUGAGCAAAAUGUGGAGAAAGACAGCUUCAUCUGGGCCGACUACCUGGUGUUGGGGUCGAUGCUGGUGGUGUCUUGUGGCGUCGGGGUGUUCUACGGCUUCUGCGGCAAGAAACAGGAGACCGGGAGCGAUUUUCUUCUAGGCGGAAGUUCCAUGGGCACCUUCCCCAUGGCCAUGUCACUGGCGGCAAGCUUCGUAACGGCGGUGGAACUUUUGGGAAAUCCGGCUGAAAUGUACAGUUAUGGGUCGCAAUUCUGGGCGAUUUGCAUCGCCUUCAUCCUGAUCGUGCCUUUGACGUCGAAAUUUUAUCUACCUGUGUACAUGACUUUGAGAUUAACCAGUAGUUACGAGUAUUUGUCGCUCCGGUUUUCCCCGCACAUUCGUUACCUGGCCAGUGCCCUCUAUAUUUUGCAGAUGGUUUUGUACACUAGCGUCGCCGUUUAUGCUCCCGCCUUAGCUUUAAGUAGAGUUACUGGAUUAGACGUUUAUGUGGCGGUAACAAUUGUGUAUAUAGUUUGUAUAUUUUAUGCUUCUCAGGGAGGAAUGAAAGCUGUAAUAAUCGCUGACACAUUCCAAGCAAUAGUACUUAUAGGUUCACUUCUGACCAUCGCCUAUAUUGGUGAAAAGUAUAUUGGAGGAACUGGUCCAUUAUGGUCAGAAAAUUACAAUUCAGGACGACUAGAAAUAUUCAAUUUAAAUCCGGAUUUCACAAUAAGACACAGUUUUUGGUCCGUUGUUAUUGGAGGAACUUUUUAUUGGAUGACCAUGUUUUGCUCCAACCAAGCCUCAAUUCAAAAAUACUUAUCGGUAGAAACAAUAGGACAAGUCAGAACGGCACUUUGGACGUCUUCAUUCGGCUUAAUUCUAAUCUACACAGUCAAUUUUUACACAGGAAUGAUAAUGGUAGCCCAUUAUAAGGGUUGCGACCCUUUAACUUCGGGUCAAAUCGAAGCUUCAGAUGAAAUAUUACCCUUUUACGUAAUCACCAACAUGGGUCACCUGAAAGGCAUGACUGGCUUUUUUGUUGCCGGCAUAUUUGCAGCCAGUUUAGGAACCGUGGCGUCCGCCUUGAACAGCUUAGCAGCAGUAACACUUCAAGACUUCAUAUUCGGUGCCUUUAAAAUCCACAUUGCGGACGGCAAACAGGCGUUCUGGGCGAAAAUAAUUUCCGUAGUUUACGGAGCCAUCAGCUUCGGCUUGGUGUUCAUUGUAGCACAAUUGGGUAGUGUGAUGCAAGUAGCAAUCAGUUUUAACGGUAUGGUUGGUGGGGUGACCUUAGGGCUGUUUUCUUUGGGGAUGUUCUUCCCUUGGGCGAACUCAAAAGGUGCCAUGUUUGGUAGCAUUGUAGCCUGUGCACUUAUUUGUUUAAUGUGUCUUGGACAACAAGUUUUAAUUGCUAAUGGUACACUGGAGGCGGACAGAAAACCGACGACUAUUGAAGGAUGUUCCUGUUUUAACACCAGUUUGAUACAAUCAGAUCAAAUUAUUGAGGAAAAUAGUGAGGAGUCGUUUUUCCUGUACAGAAUUUCGUACAUUUGGUACUCGAUGAUAGGAUUUCUGACAACUGUUAUCAUGGGAAUGAUAGGGUCGUUCGCAACCGGUCAUCAAAACCCUAAAGAUGUAGAUGUGGACCUAAUUUCACCACCUGCCUUUAAUUUCUACAUGUCUUUGUCUGACAGAACUAAGGACUGGCUCAAUUUACCUCUAAAGCGCAACAGCAACAAAGAAAUGCCGUUAAAAGUUACAGUUAACGGCGAAGGAAAAAAAGAUGACGACCCUCAGGAAGUCAAAAGGAGAAAAUCUGUACCCGCCUAAUUAUGUACCUUAAUUUUAUUUACUUAAACAUAUUAUUUAUUACUUUUAUAUAUAAAUAUUAAUAGA